UUCUAUUGUUUCUCUAGGAGCAAUAAUGGAGAACCCAAUGGGCACAUCAUCUCCCCCUUCCCAUUUUCCAGAAGAUGACGGCUCAAAGGAGAGCAAUGAUGCUGUCCCACCUGGGUUGAAUCACUCGGAAGGACUCUGCAGUAGCAAUGCCUCCCAAUCUACCAACAAUCCAGAUUUCGCAGAGGACUUGGUACAAGCUCAACUGCUGCGGAAUGAGUCAUCCAGUAAAGCUGAAAAUAGUGAGCCGAGGCCGGAGGAGGAGCAGAGAACCAAGAGAGGAGGUUGGUCCAAAGGCCGGAAGAGGAAGAAACCCUUAAGAGAUAGCAAUGCUCCUAAAUCUCCCCUCACUGGCUAUGUACGGUUUAUGAACGAACGGAGGGAGCAGUUGCGAGCCAAGAGGCCCGAGGUCCCAUUCCCCGAAAUCACCAGGAUGCUGGGGAACGAAUGGAGCAAACUUCCUCCUGAGGAAAAACGGCGCUACCUUGAUGAAGCAGAUAGAGAUAAAGAGCGUUAUAUGAGGGAACUGGAGCAGUACCAGAAGACUGAAGCGUAUAAGGUCUUUAGCAGAAAAGCGCAAGCACGACAAAAAGGCAAAACGCAUAGACAAGGUAUUGACCUUUACAACAAGAAUCCAAAAGAAGGCACGCGGCAGGCUGCUCAUAACCACGAGGUAAAUACUUUACUCUUUCUGAUGCAUCCAAAGUUGACUUUCCUCCCCUGAAGAGUGGAAGAUGGA